ACACUCGAGACCAAUUGGGUGUGGUGCGAGUUUGGGUUCUGAAAGGAAAACGUUAGAAUCUGCGGUUGGGAGAGGAAGAAGGAAAGGUGCUGCUUCUAGUACCAUCAACUUGAUUCUUCAGAGGUCCAAGCAGAACACAGACACAUCCAAGUGUGAGCUUGAGAUCCUCCUCCUAAGACAGCAAGAGAUCCUGGGUAACUGAGACACUGCAGAAAGAGGAGGAGGUACAGGAGGACCAGAGAUGGCUGAAGCAGCAAAGAUUGAACUAUUUGUCAAGGCAAGCGAUGACGGUGAAAGUGUUGGUAACUGCCCAUUUUGUCAGCGGCUCUUCAUGAUACUCUGGCUGAAGGGGGCCAACUUCACCCUCACUACAGUGGACAUGAAGAGAGCUCCAGAGGUACUAAAGGACUUGGCUCCAGGUUCUCAGCCCCCUUUCCUCAUCUAUAAUGGAGAGGUCCGUACUGACACCAACAAAAUUGAAGAGUUUCUGGAAGAGACCCUUGCACCCCCACACUAUCCCAAGUUAUGCUGUCGCUAUAAAGAGUCUAACACAGCAGGAGAUGACAUCUUUCACAAAUUCUCGGCAUACAUCAAAAACCCCAAUCCUGGGCUCAAUGACAUGCUGGAGAAGAAAUUUCUAAAGAGUUUGAUGAUGUUGGAUCAUUACUUGUUGACUCCUCUUCCUCUUGAACUGGACCAGAAUCCAAAUUCAUCCCAAUCCACAAGACAUUACCUGGACGGAAAUGCGCUCUCUCUUGCUGACUGCAACCUGCUUCCAAAACUACACAUUGUCAAGGUGGUGUGCAAGAAGUACCGUGGUUUUGAGAUCCCUGCAGAGCUAAAAGGCCUCACAAAGUACUUGGACAAAGCAUACAAGGAGGAUGUGUUCCACCUCACUUGCCCCAAAGACAAGGAGAUUCUGCUUGCCUACCAUUCAGUGGCCAAAUAUCUCAACAAGUGAAACAGGAUUUCAAAGGAGAACGAGGACAAAGAUUGUGUACAAUAUUUUGUAAAGGUUUUUUUUUUUGGUCUAAUUUGUACCCCAAAACUGCCCUUGUAAUAAAUAUAUUCUUAAUGGGAAUUUUGUUUAUCAGAGUAUAUUAUGGGUGGAGGUUGUUUUCGUUCAUCAUAUAAAAACCCCAAUUGUGAAUACCAGAUGCCUGCCUUAUUUGUUCCUGCCAUUUUUAGUAUUUAAAUGUGUCUCACAUUUGUCUGUGGUUUUGAUGGAUUGCUUUUGUUUGAUAGCCACUCAGUUAGAAAUGUCUGUGAAUGUUGUGUUUAGAGACAACUGUGUGAAAUGAGACAUAAUUGGUCUGAAAUUCUACCCCGUGAGAAAAAAAGAAGACAAAACAUUAGACUACACAACCCUUACACUGAUGUUAUUGAUGUCAAAGGACACUCUUGAAUGUCCAGAAUGUAUAAAACUGCUUGCAAACCAAUAAAAUCCUUAUGGAAGAAAA